AUGUAGCCCUGGACUUUCGAUGCCUAUCUACACAAUGCCACUCACUUUGUAUUUGAUUUGGAAAUACCAUUAAAAUCUUAUUUGGGAAUCGGAUUCGGUACAUCAAUGUUUGGCAGCGAUAUGAUUGUGAUGAUUGCUCAUUAGAAUGGAACCUUCGAGAUCUUCGAUAUGUGGUCUGAAGACUAUGAAGUUCCAAUUUUAGAUGAACAGUAGGAUGUGAAAAUAUUAUCCUAUACUGCAAAUUCAACUUACGCCUCAGUCAAAAUCUGCAGGUCAUUAGAGACUGGGGAUAAAAAGGACUUUCACAUUUUCAAGAACAGAGAAGUUGAUUUGAUGUGGGCGUUUGUUUAGAAUGUAGACCACAUUGCAUCGCAUUCAAUGCAGCAGAGAGGAUUGUUUAAGAUUUUGUUUAAGACUGUUGAGUUGACUACAGAUCUACUAGCUAUUGAGGGAAGAUAAGACAUAGCAUUCUUCUUUAGAUGGCAUGGGUAUUGUCUGACUCUCAGUUGGAACGUGUUUGCCUUCAUAAUGAUCUUUACAAAUCGAUAUAUGAAAUACUUUAAUCACAAUAACUACAUGAUUCAUGUCUUUACUGGCACUCUAAUGGGAGGCUUCACUUUCUUUUACACAUUUUUCGCUAGCUAGAAAUUGAAAUUCAAUAUGAAUUAUCAAGACAGACAUCAUCUCAUAGGUGCUGUAGUCCCUCUUCUGCUGAUAGCUGUAGGGUUAACAGGCAAGUUAGCUAGGGAUAGAAUGUUUGCAAUGUAAAGAAAUCAUAGAGAAAUUAUUCCAAUGAGAUAGAGACAUGCCACACUAGGAUGGACUAUUAUAGUCAUCAGUCAGGGUGCAAUACUUACUGGUGUCUACAAGUAUUACUCAGGCAUUGAGCAACUUCGGAUCUAUCAGGGCUAUUUCUUGCUUGUUGUUGUUGAAGUUUUGAUCCUAUAUGGUUUUGAGUUCUAUAUUUAAAAGAUUAAUUCAUCAAAGCCUACUUCAGAUCAUAUUAAAAAGAAAAUCUCAUAGGAACAGUUUAGUAAAGGUAUACUCUCUGGCUAGCAAUAUGUUUUACUUGAUGAUUUAGUCUUGGAUGUGUCUAAUUACAAAUUAGAUCAUCCUGGAGGACUAUUCUUGUUGCACCAUAAUAUUGGUCAGGACAUUAGUAAGUUUUUCUAUGGUGGAUACACAUAUGAAAAUUAUAUUCCUGAUAAGAGUGGACAUAUUCAUUCAAAUGCAGCUCUUAGUUUUGCAAUAAAUAAACUUGCAGUAGCUAAACUGGACAAAUAAGGUAAGAUCUAAGGCAAGUAUCGAAUAGUUGAAAGGAAAAGUUUGAAUACAACUACAUCUUUAAUCAGGUUAUAAUCUAAGAAAACUUCUAAGCAGACUUUAUAUAGUAUAUUGGAUAUAAAUACGUUCGGCUUGCAUUACCUUCUCUCAAGUUCUGAGAAUCCAAAUCAUUAAAGACAGUACAGCUUUGCUCAUUCCUUAAACCCAGAUAUUUAUUAGCAAAAUCUGAGACUAAUCAAGCAAGCCUUGGACAACUCAAAGGAUAUUAUAGCUGUGGAGAAGAGUUACUUGACUAGUGAUAUAUAUUUAACAGUCAAAAACUAUAGCUAAGGUCUAUCAUCUGAUUUACACAAUGCUAGUAAAAAUGACGAGUUUAAUAUUAAUGGCUUAUAUGGCUUAGGAUUAGGCAUUUAUCCAAGCAAUUAGACUAAGCUUACAGGAAACUACCUAAUAUUUGCAGGUGGAACUGGCAUCAUACCAUUUUUAGAUUUAUUGAGCUAUAUUUUGUGGUACAAUCUGGGAUUGAUCCCAGAGUAGUCUUCAUUGAUAGAUGGUGAUUUUAAGAUUCACCUGCAUUGCUCGUUUAGAGAAAAGAAUGACUAUAUUGGUUAAGAACUUAUAGAGGGAUUAAAAAGAGUUAAUUAGAUAAAAGUGAUGAGCAAUUUUUAAGUUAAAAUGAGAGAUUAAAACAAUAAGGAGUGGGAAAAAGAUUAUCUUUAAAAGGCUGUUGAAUAAGCAGAGGGUAAGGUUAAUAAAAUAUGGGUCUGCGGGCCGCCAAAGAUGAAUGAAAGCUUCAAUAUAUUUUUUAAUCAACUCAAAAAGUAGUUCAAAUUUAAAAACGAGAUACUUAGUUUACUUUGA